UGGUGAUAGUGACCCAUGAACCAUUUUUUUGUGUUCACCAAUAAUGAUGCUUUUACAUCCACAACAUUUGGAUUACCACGGCAGUUAAAAUUGACGCAUAGAAUAGUCAGCCUUAAGUCAAACCCAGUCUAUUAAACUAUUAAAGUUGUCACACUCUCAUACUUUAUUUUUUCUUUUUUAAAAUUCUCAAUUAAGACAUCAAUUACCUUCUCCUUUCUUCUCUUAAUACCCACCAAACUCACAAUACAGUUGAUACUGUGUUACAGAAGACGCUACUCAAUUUCAUUUCAUAACAGCUGAAUUCUCCAGGUUCGGGAGCAUUGAUAUGGAUGCUAAUGAAAAUGAAAGGGAUGAGGUGUCAAUGUUGUCUGUUAACCCUCGACUAAUUUCCGAUGAUCCAGAAGAUUCUUCAUUCUAUAAUUUUACAUCACGGGCUCGAAGUGCAUCUAUGUCUGCUCGUAUGAGCUCUUCAGAGUCUUGGCGGGAAAGUAAUUUUUUAGGACAUACUGGUCCUUUAAGAAGUGAAAGAACUUCAUUUGUACAGAUGAGUGGUCCUUUGUAUGUUAGAAGUAAGGCAGAAAAUUCUUAUGAUGACAAAUCUGAAUCUACUGAUAAAAAAUUGCAGUUGAAUCACAAGUAUCCUGUGAAUAAUGGAAUAAUCAAGAAUGAACAGGUUCAUGAUAGUUACCCUGAGAAAAACGAACAUCUAUUGAGAUCUGGUCAACUGGGAAUGUGCAAUGACCCUUACUGUACAACUUGUCCCUCAUAUUACAAUUACAGGCUUCCGCAGGGAAAAUUUAGGAGGACUUCUGAUAUAUUUGAUACAAAGUUUCAUAAUGCACUCUAUGGAGAUGCCAAAGGAUGGGCAAAGAGAUUGUGUUCUUUUCUGUACUCAUAUCUCCCUGGAGUCAUGAAUCCUCAUGCCCGAAUCAUACAGAAGUGGAACAAGUUUUUUGUCAUCUCUUGCCUUGUUUCGAUUUUCAUUGAUCCAUUGUUUUUCUUUGUGCUAGCGGUACUAAAGGAUUCAAAGUGCAUAGUCAUGGAAAAGGCUGUGUCAACCACAUUGGUAGUUUUCAGAAGUCUUACAGACUUCAUUUACAUAUUACAUAUCAUUCUUCAGUUUCGGUUGGCUUAUGUUGCUCCUGAAUCUAUGGUGGUUGGUACUGGAGUCUUAGUUGAUCAGCCAAGCAAAAUUGCCCGUCAUUAUGUGACUGGAUAUUUUUUUAUUGACUUUUUUGCCGCGUUGCCCAUUCCUCAAAUUAUAAUAUUGUUUAUAUUGCCUACAUACUUGGGUUCAUCUGGUGCAAAUUAUGCCAAGAAUCUCCUCCGUUUUGCAAUUCUUGUUCAGUAUAUACCAAGAUUGUAUAGGUUUCUACCUUUGUUAGUUGGACAAUCACCCAUUGGCUUCGUAUUUGAGUCAGCAUGGGAAAAUUUUGUGAUUAAUCUGCUCACGUUUGUUUUAUCUGGACAUGUGGUGGGCUCAUGUUGGUAUCUUUUCGGUUUACAGAGAGUGAAUCAAUGCCUGCGAGAUGCUUGUCACCGUACUGGAAAUAGUUCAUCAUGUAUGAAGUUCAUUGAUUGUGGAUAUUCAAAUCCAAAGCAGCAUGCAUGGAAUUCAGAGUGGCCUAACUGGACCAAUAAUACAAAUGCUCUUGAUUGUUUUGUCAGCUCAGAUGGUUCUUUUGAUUAUGGGAUCUAUGCAAAAGCAGUGAACCUUACAUAUCGCAAAGUUGUGAGCAGAUAUAUAUAUUCCUUGUUCUGGGGAUUCCAGCAAAUCAGUACUCUGGCUGGGAAUCUUGAACCAAGCUACUUUGUUUGGGAGGUUCUUUUUACCAUGGCUAUUAUUGGGCUUGGUUUACUACUCUUCGCUUUACUGAUUGGAAAUAUGCAGAACUUCUUACAGUCUCUUGGCCGUAGAAGGUUGGAGAUGUCACUAAGAAGGCGUGAUGUUGAGCAGUGGAUGAGCCAUCGCCGUUUGCCUCAGAACUUAAGAAGAAAAAUCAUAGAAGCAGAACGUUACAAUUGGGCUGCCACUAGGGGUGUAAAUGAGGAGAUGUUGAUGGAAAAUCUUCCGGAAGAUGUUCAAAGAGAAAUAAGACGCCACCUCUUUAAGUUUGUUGAAAAGGUUCGAAUUUUUAAAUUGGUGGAUGAGAAGGAGCCUAUUUUAGAUGCUGUUUACGAGAGGCUUAAACAAAAGACAUACAUCAAGGACAGCAAAAUUUUAUAUCAAGGAGGUAUUAUAGACAAGAUGGUAUUCAUUGUACGAGGUAAAAUGGAAAGCAUUGGAGAGGAUGGCAUUGUUGUUCCCUUGUCUGAAGGAGAUGUGUGCGGUGAAGAGCUUCUUACGUGGUGCCUUGAGCAUUCUUCAGAUAAUAGAGAUGGCAAGAAAGGUAGGAUAUAUGGACAGUGGUUAAGGAGCAACAGGACUGCAAGAUGUUUAACAAAUGUUGAAGCUUUUAUACUCAGAGUUCGGGAUCUUGAAGAAGUCACAAGUUUGUUUCCAAGAAUCUUGCGAAAUCCAAGAAUCCAGGGAGCUAUAAGGUAUGAAUCCCCGUACUAUAGAUGCCAAGCUGCAACAACGAUUCAAGUCGCUUGGAGGUACAGAAAGAAGUGGCUAAAUCGCAUGGAGACUAGAAGUAGGUCAAAAGCCUAGAGUCACUUGUACAAAGCUCUUACUGAUUUGCUGUAGCUGUGAAAUGACAACCCUUUUUGUAUACUUCGUGUAUAGAAACUCUUUUACACACUUUUAUACUUGUAGACCUGUGGUGACUAUUGUUAUAGUCUUGUAGAAUCUUUGUUUUCAGAGUGUGAAAUGUGAUGAUUACUAACUGGUACAAGGAAACCUAUCCAAGCCAUUUUAUUACGUUUCAUUUUAUUUCCACCAAUAACACCAUGUAUCAAAAUUUGUCUUACUCUACAUAAUUGUCUCAUAGUAAUACUACUAUUUCUAUC